CUCACUCUAAGCAUAUGUAACGGUGUCAAUGGUGGCAAUCCCCUUCCCACCAAACCAUAUCUUGAGGGAUCAUGGAUUCCUUACUCCCCUCCUUUCUUGCUGUUAAUGUUUUUAUCCUAUGGUCACUUUUAUUUGUAAUCAUUCUCCCAAAAGGCAUGUGCAGUCUGAGAGUGCGGUGCAAUGAAAAAGAUCGACAUGCUCUUCUCAACUUCAAACACACUGUGGUUGAUCCAUCAGCCAAACUCUCUGGCUGGUCCGAUGAGCGAGAUUGUUGUGAAUGGAUUGGAGUUCACUGUGACAACACCACUGGUAGAGUCAUUGAGCUCAAUCUCUCUUGUUCUCCGAAAUCCGUUGAUGAUAUAUGCCAAUACAAAUCACAGUGUCUCACAGGUGAACUCCCCCUAUCUUUGCUUCGACUUGAAUUUCUAAAUUACUUGGAUUUGAGUAGCAAUGACUUCAAGGUUCUGGCUCAAGAUGCUGAUGUUAAUAUCACAAAUUGUAGCCAUCGUCAUCUAUCAUGUGAAAAUUCCUCCAAUCUUCAUCAUCUUGAUUUAUCCUAUAAUAAGGAUCUUCACAUUGAUAAUCUUCAUUGGCUUUCUCGUGUUCCCUCCUUGAAAUAUGUUAACUUGAAUGCUAUUAAUCUUCAAGACAAAGUUGAUUGGAUUCAGUUGUCGACUUUGCUUCCUUCACUUACAAGUUUAUCCUUGGGGUAUUGUCAACUUAGAAACAUCAAUCCAUCUCUCAAACAUGUCAAUCUUACUUCACUUGAAGUUCUUAGCAUCCCAGGUAAUGCUUUCACCUACUUAGAAUCGAUUCCAAAUUGGUUAUUCAAUUUUAGUGAUAUCACUACUAUUGACUUGAACUUUAAUCAUUUUCAAGGCCAGUUUCCAAAGGGGUUAUUGAAUCUUCAAAAAAUAAAAAAAGUGUAUUUGGCUGGCAAUAAACUCAAUGGACCAAUUCCAUAUUGGUUAGGCCAACUUGAACAUCUACAGUGUCUUGAUGUUGGCAUAAAUUUAUUUUCUGGUCCUAUUCCUUUUACUUUGGGAAAUUUGUCAUCCUUAAUUAGCUUAAAAGUGGAGUUCAACCACUUGAAUGAUACUCUUCCAGAAAGUUUCGGACAACUUUUGAAUUUGAAGGAGUUAGAUAUUAGUAAUAAUCAAUUCAGGGGGGAGGUGUCUGAAAGAAAUUUUCUCAAACUCUCAAACUUAAAACAUCUUCACAUGGGAUCACCAGGCUUAAUCUUUGCCUUUGAUUCUAUGUGGGUUCCUCCUUUUCAGCUCACAUAUAUUCAUCUUGAACAUUCGAAAAUUCCAACAUGGUUGUAUACACAAACAUCUCUUCAGAGCUUAAUAAUUGCCGACUCAAUAUUUCAAGCAUCACUUGAAUUUCAAGACAACUUUUGGGACUUUGCAGCUCAAGUGCAAGACUUCGUGUUAUUAAAUAGCAUGAUUGAUGGGGACAUGUCAAAUGUGUUGCUAAACUCUACAUUCAUAAGUUUUUAUUCAAAUACAUUCAAAACAAGCAGCCUCCCUCGAUUAUCACCAAAUGUCGUCCAGUUUCAUGCAGAAAACAACUUUUUUUCAGGAUCUAUUUCUUCACUAUUGUGUCAUAAAAUUAAUGAGAGAAGCCAAUUACAAUAUUUGCGCAUGUCAAAUAAUUCUCUUUACGGUGGGCUAACAAAUUGUUGGAUGAAUUGGAAAUCGUUGGUUUUUAUCCAACUAGACAACAAUAAUCUAACAGGUACAAUACCCUCAUCAAUUGGUGUCUUAUCUAACCUUACUUUCUUGGUUCUCAACAAAAAUAACUUAUUUGGACAGAUGCCUUCGUCAUUGAAAAAUUGCCAAAACCUAGAGAUCCUUGAUGUCAGAGAGAAUAAGUUAUCAGGAUCCAUACCGAAUUGGUUAUGGCACAAAGUUAAGAUUCUCCAAUUAAGAUCCAAUCAUUUCAGGGGAAAUAUUCCUCCAGAAAUAUGCAAAUUAGCUUCCCUCAUAGUAUUGGAUUUGGCAAACAACAACAUAUCGGGUUCAUUACCUUCUUGCCUUUAUAACAUGACUGCUAUGACUUCACCUCAUUCUUCACAUUAUGGGGUUCCAUCCUGGUGCAUUACAGCAUCAUCUAUGGCUGUUGAAUUUGAAGGCACUGUUCUCCUGCUUAUAAAAGGCGCAGAAAGGACCUAUUCACAAUACUUGGUGUGUUCUAUAGAUAUAUCAAGCAAUAAUAUGUCUGGAACAUUACCUUCGGAAAUAGUUAGCCUGGCUGAAUUGCGAUCUUUGAACUUGUCCCACAAUCAAUUUGAGGGCAACAUACCAAAAGAGAUUGGCAACUUGAAACAACUGGAGUCUCUCGACCUUGCAAGCAAUCGACUCUCGGGUGAAAUUCCUCAGAGUAUGGUUGGAUUGUCUUUUUUGGGAGCCAUGAACCUCUCUUUCAACAAUUUCUCUGGAAAGAUUCCAUCAGGGACUCAACUUCAAAGUUUUGAUGCAUUAAGCUAUAUUGGGAAUCCUGAACUGUGUGGAGCUCCACUUCCGAAGAAUUGUUCUAACGAAAAAGGCAUGAAACCCAUUAAAGGAUAUGACAAUGACCAAGAAGAUGAAUUUCUAUCUUCCUUUUACAUUGCAUCAGGAGUUGGAUUUUCGAUGGCAUUUUGGGGAGUUUGUAUUGCCAUUUUUUGCAUUAGGAGCUUCAGGAAUUCGUACUUCAGAUUCCUAUUCCGUAUCAGAGACAAACUUUAUAUCAUGGUGGCCCUCACAGUGAAUCGUUUCAGUUGAAAUUUAACGUUAUUGCCACUGUGAGGUUCUUGUUGGGUGUGCUUCAGUAUGUCCCUUCAAAUCUUGGAUUGAACUUCGCAAGACAACACGAUGGAGUGGUGUUACGCACUAUCACUUUAUGAAGCCAAGAUUAAUUUUGUUUUGAUUACUUAAUUUGAAAUUAUGCAAUACAGUUCAUUUUCUGUAUGCAGUCUGUAUCCUUAAUAGCCAUGUGUGAUGUGUCCGUAAAUAAAGUGGACACGUCUGUUUUUAAACAAAUAAAGCAAAUAACUUGAAUGUUUAUGUUGAAUGAGAUGUGGUUUUUUAGA